AUGAAGCGUGUGGAGUACAACACUACAUUUUCUACUAAUCUUGAUGUCAAGAAUGGAUCUGAUUCGAAGGUGUUUUCCAAGCUAGAUGAGCUCUGGGGUAGCUUGAAGGAGUCCAAGUCAAAGGUUGAUCUUUCUCAACAAUCCACUUUUUCUAUCGAGUCUAUUUUGACGAUAAUUUCUUCUCUUGAAGCAAAUCUCAAAGCCAAACUUGCUCCUCUUCUUAAGUUCGUUCAUGUCAUGCCAACGAAUGCCCCACCAGUCAAACCAGUGGUGCAAGGGGAAGAUAGGGGGGUUGGCGCUUCGAAGAAUUCAGAUCAAGGAAAAUUUGUAGGGAAGGUGAUUACAACACAAAUUCUGAUAUCACUUCCUGUUUCUUUAACGACAACUUCGACUACAACAACUUCAAGACCUCUGAACAAAGGCAUUGUCAUAGGACAAGCCGCCAUCUUCACCUCUCAACCAAGUCCGGCGCCAAACCACCUUAUAUCCCUCCCCCUCGUUCUAGUCGUCGCUCCCUCCGCCGGCGAUAUCGUAAACCAUCAAGAGCCGAGCAUCGCCGCCGCAAUCCGCUGCCAACGACGUUGUGAAACACUGUUUGACGACGAGCUGGGAGUUGCUGGAAGAUGGAAGCUCGUGGUCAUCGUUCCUCCCUCCAGUAAUGGUGUCCCCACCCUCUCCAUUUCCUCUUAUGUGGUGUUGUCUCGCGCCGCCGCCGCUUCGAUCGGUGGCUCAUUUAUUUCGGCUAGCGUAUACCACCGAAAGUGA